CCUCCUCCUCCUCGUCGUCGUCAUUCCCCCUCUGCCUCCUCCCCCUAUCGUCGUCCCAACCACCAACCCCAACCCCAAAACCAAAACCAACCCCAACCCGAUCGUCGCGGAGAGGACGGCGACCCCUUCGACCCCUCGUCCCUCCUGAAGGACGACCCCAUCUCCCUCGUCUCCUCCCUCUGGAUCUCCUCCUUCCGCAGCAGCAGCAGCAGCCCAAGCAGCAGCAGCCCAAGCAGCAGCAGCCCAAGCAGUCUCCUCCGGCGCCUGGAGCUCUGGGUGCUGGCCUACCAGAAGGCGUACGCGGAUGAGACGGGGUCGUACCUCCCCCGGUCCUCCCUCCCCCGCCGGCCCGUCGAACUCCUCCUGGCUCCCUCCGCGAACGCCGUCCUCUCCGGGCUUCCGCUGGGGCCGACGCGCUCCGCCCCUUUGGUCCCCUCCCCGCGCAGCCUCGCGCCCGACCACUCGCCCCUCUCGAAGCGCAAGCUCCGCGCCCUUCCUCUCCUCCCCGGCCCCCUCCGCUUCCAGGACCGCUCGUCCAGGAGUUCCUCCUCCCUCCUCGAGCCCCUCCAUCGAGCCCAGCUCGUCCCCGGCCUCCUUCGCCUUCCCCCACGCCGCUCCCCCCACACCCUCCUCCGCACCGUCGCCGCCGCUCCUUCGGGCCGGCUCCUCUGGUACAUCAAGGGCGACCUCUCCCCGCUCCUCGCCGACUGCCCCCGCCCCGCCCUCGUCCUCAACGCCCUCCUCCGCCACCUCCGCGACAAGCCCCUCGUCGACCUCGUCCGCUCCGCCCUCCUCACCCCCGUCCUCCUCUCCGACCACAACACCACCCAGAAGAAGAAGACGACGAAGACGACCAAGCGCAAGUACCAGAAGAAGCGCGUGCUCGCCGACGACGAGCCCAAGCCCGACCCCUACUGGCUCGAGGCCUUCUUCGGCUUCGCCCCCGAGGAGGCCGCGAAGCUGCCCGACUGGGGCCACUGCGGCGUGCUCUCCCCGCUGCUCGCCAACCUCUGCCUCGACGAGCUCGACAAGUGGAUGGAGGAGCGGAUCGCCGAGUUCUACCGCCCCUCCAGCUCCGACGCCGCCGUCGGCCCCGGGGACGGCCGGCAGGGGAACACCUCCUGGCCCGAGUUCGUGCCCACCAGCGGGCCCGACAAGACCCGCAAGAUGGACUACGUCCGCUACGGCGGCCACUUCCUCAUCGGCGUGCGCGGCCCCCGCGCCGACGCCGCCGUGCUCAGGAAGCAGCUCAUCGAGUUCUGCGACCAGCGCUUCCAGAUCAAGCUCGACAACGACAGCCUCCCGAUCGAGCACAUCACCAAGGGGAUCAUGUUCCUCGACCACGUGCUCUGCCGCCGCGUGGUCUACCCCACGCUCCGCUACACGGCAACGGGCGGCAAGAUCAUCAGCGAGAAAGGGGUCGGGACGCUCUUGUCGGUGACCGCGAGCUUAAAGCAGUGCAUCAAACAGUUCAGAAAGCUUCAGUUUUUGAAGGGGGAUCGCGACCCGGACCCGCAGCCUUGCUUCCGGAUGUUCCACGCCACGCAGGCCCACACCAACGCGCAGAUGAAUAAGUUCCUGCAGGUCAUGGCGGAAUGGUAUCGGUACGCCGACAACCGCAAGAAGGUCGUCAACUUCUGUUCGUAUAUCAUUAGGGGCUCCUUGGCCAAGCUUUAUGCGGCCAAGUAUAAGCUGCGAUCCAGGGCUAAGGUUUACAAGAUCGCAUCGAGGAAUCUCAGCCGGCCGCUGAAGGAUAAGAAGGGACAGUCGCCGGAAUACCACAAUUUGUUAAGGAUGGGGCUCGUGGAUUCGAUCGACGGGCUUCAGUAUACCCGGAUGUCUCUGGUGCCCGAGACUGAUUAUACGCCGUUCCCGAACGGGUGGAGGCCCGAUCAUGAGAAUGUUCUGAUGGAGUACGUAAAGCUCACGGACCCACAGACCCUGGAGGAGCAGCGGAGAUGUCUCAGGGAGCAAGGGCUUGUAACUCCCCAAGACUAUAUUUCAAUGCUGGUAUGGAACUAUAAGAAAAAUGCGGGUUUGUUGCCUCCUUUGGGCGAGAGUGAUGCCCGGAGAGCCAAAGAAGAGUUGCUGGGGUCGAGUACAGGUGAAAUAAGGGAUGAUGAUAACAGAGAAGACCGUGAGGAGAAUGUAAGGUUUCUAGAGGCUGCACAGAUGUGAGAGAUGCUUGCUGCUCCUUCUAGACACCUUACAUUUAUUAUUUAUGAAUAAGAUUAUAGAAACAUAGUGCGGCUAUACAAUUAUCUGCCCACGAAUGACCAGUUCGCAGGGUAGCUUGUAAAUUACAUGAGAUUGUUUGCAAGAAUUUUGCGAGGAAAUUUAUAGGCAUUUAAUAACUCAGCAGCCCUCUGUUUUUGGAAAAGCCAACUUCUUUACCGGAUUUUGAGAGCUGGUUGGCAAGUUCGUAAGGAUAUCACUUAAAAAGUUCACUUCUUGCCGGAAAUUAGCGUGCGUGCAAGACCAGGGAGAAUCAGAAGCAAGAAAAGAACCAAUUAGACUGGGAUUUGAUAAUCUGGCGUUUGGCAUUUCGUUGAUGUGCCCAUAUGUGCUGUUCCGAUUAUGCCUCAUCUACCAAAUGUUACUCUGUGGGUCAUAACGAGGACAGAGACUAUACCGCGGCAUGUGAUUGCUUAGAUUUUUCUGGUAUUCCUAAUGGAAUUGUGAUUUGCUACUUGUCCAGUGUUCAAAAAGAUCUGAAGAGAUUCCAGUUUCCUAAAUUUUGAGAAUGAGUAGUAUCUGCAAGUAAUAAUGCAUAGUGCCACAAAACUCAAGCAUCCGUUCCGCCAUUUUCAUGCCAUGUAUAAGAUUGUGCGUCUUCACUACCAUUCCUAACUCCUAAGCAUGGAGUAAAUUUUUGAUUGGAAAUGUUGUUUUAUACCUUGUUUAUAGCCCGUGAGUGCUUCCACUGAUUCAGUAUUUA